CGUUGUUUGUCUCUUUCUCAGAGGGAAAAAUUGGCUGCUCAUUUCCGUUUAUACUAACAGACUUGUUUACAAAUUUUUGAAUUGGAGUCAGUUGUCACCAGCAGAGAGCUUUAUGAAGAUGUCUUGGACGCUAAAUACGAGAGUAACAGCCGUGUCCAAAUACCAAAGAUUUCAUUGAAUGUUCCGUCACAAAUCGAGGCUGUGUUCGAUUCGAAUUUUCUCGCGCAUUCACAGUGCCUGGUUCAAAAAGACCACGACCCAUUAUUUCGACCUCGCAUGAUUCUCGCAAGGUUUCAAGACGUUUUGCGGCUCCGUUUGAAUCUUCAUCAACGUGGUCAAUUCUCAAUGUGUCUGAGCGCUUAUGCGGGCAACAGAAGUGGGAGUCCCCUUGGCAUGGAGUAGAAGCCGUCGACAGUCGUUUUACUGCAAGGAACUCGUAAUUCGGUUCCCUGUUUCGUUGUGUCUCCUUGUUUUGUUAAUGCCCUUCACUCGGACUGCAAUAUCGGGUGUUGACGGAGAGAUCGAUAGCAAGAAUCGCAGUUGUGGAAUGCCACUAAACACCUCUAAGAAAUGCUGGACUGAAGCAGCUUGUAUUCGUGUUAACUGCAUGAACCGCGCGGAAGAUGCCUCGCACCGCUUGGAAUUUUGUUCACAUUUGAAUGUAGUUUUGAAGAAUAGAACUAUUUGCCAAGAGUGGCCAAACAUAAGCUUAAUACAACAGAAGGACAACGAGGCUGAAAGAAACUACAAUAAUUUUGAAGGAAUAAUACAGCGUAUCGAUUGUGGAGAAAAUUGGGAAACGCACACAUACUCAGCAGCAUCAACAUGCCGCGGCUGUCUGGAAGCCUAUAAGAACUGGAUUUGCUACACAAAAAUUUCUGAAGCUAUUGCUGAAAUGGAAGCUGAUUACAAGACCCAUCCGAGAAAGCAAUGUUUAGAGUUUUGUGAGACUGUGUUGCGGAGGUGCCCUUAUCUUCCACCAAACCCACCAAACGAUAAAGACUGGGUACAAAUUGGAUAUUCUGCUUUUAACUGCAAUAAUGCUGAAGAAUUGAAUGAAGGCAACGUCGGAUGAUAAGCAUUGUCAAUUAAAUUAUUUUGAUCCAAGGGAGAAAUGCAAGCAGAACACAAAACUACCUCAAUCUACACAGGAAGCCCAAGCUCACUACUAGAAAAGCGAACGCGACUUACCACGUCCACUUUUCUAGUAGUGAGCUUGGGCUGCCUGUGCAAUCUACAGUUACUACUGACAGUAACCCCAAGAACAGUAUCACCCAAUAACUCAUCAUCAAUCCCUAAAAGUAAUGAUGGUAGAUAAUAUUGACUCUAGAUUUUCUGAUUAGAUUACUUUCCUCCAUGAAAAAUAUUGUUCUGUAAAUUUUUUUUUAGGAUUUGUGGAUUGGUAGCCAUUGCAUACUAUAACUAUGUAGCUGGUAGCACUGUGAGAAAUUUUUCCUGAAGUAAUAAUAUUUUAUGAGACAAUCACAAUACUGCAUGAAUUAAGACUCUAAAUUAAGUAUUGAUUUUAAGAAGAAAAUUACUUUUGAAACAGUGUGACAGUUGCUAUGAACUUGGCUAAUGCUACUCUUUACUAAACAUGUAUAAUAGGGACCAAGACCAAUGUUGGCACCAAUAUUUUUAUAACUAGACUCAAAUUUGGAGACAAAGCUCCUAUGUUUAUGAAAGGGAAGAUAUGUGACCAAGCCCUCUGGCAAGAAAUAUUCAUACUCUAGCAGGGCUUGACACUAACUUUUCAACUUACUAGCCAAGUGGCUAGUGACAACUUAGAUGUCACAACAAAAUCAGUUUGUGUACUUGCCAAACUGGUCAGUGGAAAUCGAAAACCACUAGCCAAAACUGAAUUUCUACUGUUAGUGUCAAGCCCUGCUCUAGUCUAAAAGUUUAAAAGGCUUGUACACUAUUGCACUAAAACAAGAGAUGUAAAUAUUCAUGUAAAUGAGCAUGAAUACGUGAGUAUUAUGUAAAGCAAAAUAUCAUAUUCCUCAUUUUGUCAUUUUAUUGUUUUUAUUUAUUCCACAUUGGAUGUCCCCACAGGCAUUAAACAAAUUUUAUGUUAAGAAUUCUUUAGCUCUGAAAUACAGUAUUGCUGUUGUUUUGA